CGGUCCAAGUCGAACUCUGCGUUUGUAAUAUAAAACAGAAGCAGAAGCGGCCGUCACACAAAUAAUCAUCAAGUGCAAUAGGAUUAGCGAUAGAGAGAUGGGGAAGCAGCAUGUGCCGGUGAAGGCGGUGGUGUACGCGCUGUCUCCUUUUCAGCAGAAGAUAAUGGCCGGCCUAUGGAAGGAUCUGCCGGGCAAGAUCCAUCACAAGGUCUCCGAAAACUGGAUCAACACCGUCCUCCUCCUUGGCCCUCUCGUUGGCACCUACGCGUAUGUCCAGAGAUACCAGGAGAAAGAGAAGUUGGAGCAUAGGUAUUGAGUGAAGUGAGUGGAUGUUCCACCAUUUUACUUGAAGAACUUGCAAUUAGCUGGCAACUUUGUUUAAGUUUUACAAUUUUAUUAACUAUAUUUUGCUGUUUGGGCAACCAAUAACAUUACUUUGGUGGUUUCUUUAAUGGAUGCUUUUUAUUGUGAACUGCAAAUAAAGGUUUUGUGUUAAAAUAAAUUUGACCAUUUGAUUGUUUUAA